AUGUUGCUAAAACAAGGCUGCACAUCUCGCGUUAUCUUGAUGAAAAACUGCGAUAAAAAUGGCACACCUACUAUUCUACGAGUGAAUGGCACCACCGUUACCCAAUUAACCGUUUCUACUACUCCUAACUCGUCAGUCAGCACUGGCAAGCCAGUCCCCUCCUUUAGAAUAAAUUCAGCCAGCACCAGUAACCCAGUCGGUAUUUCAAGCAACUCUCCAUUUAUCGUUUCCUCGUCUUCUUCAUCUUCAUUAUCCUCUCUUCCUGCUCCACCAACUUGCAUUGCUUCAUCUUCCAGCUCGGUAGCCACUCUCCGUCCUAUUUUGUCUUCUGUAGAUGCUACAAUAGUCCCUCCUGCCCCUUGCAUUGCCAACGUGGCUAACGGACAUUUUGUGAAGAACGGUAACAUCAACACAUCCAUAGUGGCUAGUCUGAAUCAGCUUGUGGAGAUGCCUACUGAGAAUUUAGCCAGCCAAAUUGCUCCUCAGACGGAGCCGUCUGUUACUGACUUUCCUUUAGUCGAACAUGUGAAUACUGGUGCUGUAGUAAGUUUAGCCUAUUUUGUGUUUUUAACCGAUAAUUACCAGAUUUUUUAUAGUAACCGACCUACUUUGCUAUUAUUCAUAUCUAGUUCAACACCUGGUAUGUGA